AUGGAGUAUAAAUGUAUAUUAAUAGUUAUAGUUUAUUUACCAGUACUAAUUACAGGUCAAUAUACUAUAAGAGGAAUUCCUGAAAGUUAUGCAGAGUUAGGUGAAAAUUAUACAUUACAAUGUAAUGUUACAGAUUCGCCUAGUGUUCUAGAUUUCCGUAGAAACAAUAUUGUUGUAUGUAAUAUGAUAAACUGUGAGAGUAGUUCAACAGAUAAUAGAUAUAAAUGUGGAUGUAUAAAUAAUAACAACAAACAACUAUAUCUCAAUAUAAGUAAUAUAAAUAAACAAGAUGAUACAACAUGGUCUUGUAGAGGUAAUUCUGGUGGACAAGGAUCAAGUAAUGUAUCAGUUUAUUAUGGUCCAGAGAAUAUAAGAUUUAACCCUACUAGUGAUAAUAUAGAUGUUAUAGAAGGAAAGAGUCAGAGUGUCAACUGUUUAGCUGAUUGUAAACCAGAUUGUCACAUCACCUGGUCUAAAGAUGGUUCAACAACAAUUCUAAAUAACACUUUAUCACUUAGUACUAGAGAUCAAACUGGUUCUUAUAAUUGUACAGUUAAACAUACUGUAUUAAAUAAACAACUUACAAAACAACUUAAUGUUCAGAUUUAUUAUGGUCGUGAUGAACUUGCUUUCUCACCAGAUGUAACAAGUAUCAAUAUAAUAGAAGAUGGUCCUGAUGAACUUGCUUUCUCAGCAGAUGUAACAAGUAACAAUAUAAUAGAAGGUAGAGAUCAAACUAUAAUAUGUUUAACUGAUUGUUAUCAGUGUAAUUAUAAAUGGACUGGACCUGUUUCAUCACCAACUAAAGAUCUUGUAUUUACUCAAAUAAAAAGAAAUCAGGAAGGAAACUAUAGAUGUGAAGCUACCAAUAUUAAAAAUACCAUCCCUAAAACAAGAUCUAAAUCUAUACAAAUUAAUGUACAUUGUCAAUAUACUAUAAGAGGAGUUCCUGAAAGUUAUGCAGUGUUAGGGGAAAAUUAUACAUUACAAUGUGAUGUUACACCCAGUAGUGUAGAGUUCCGUAUAAACAAUAUUGUUGUAUGUAAUAUAUUAUCUUCAACCUGUGAAAGUCAAUCAACAGAUAAUAGAUAUAAAUGUGGAUGUAUAAAUAAUAACAACACACAACUAUAUCUCAGUAUAAGUAAUAUAAAUAAUCAAGACGAUACAACAUGGUCUUGUAAUGGUAAUUCUGGUGGACAAGGAUCAAUUAAUGUAUCAGUUUAUUAUCCACCAUACAUAACUAGUAUUAUAUCUGAUGCUGUAAAUAACGAAAUUGAUGAAGGUUCUGAUGUUAUAUUUAACUGUAAUGUUGAUAGCAAACCAGUAUCUACUAUAACCUGGUCAUCUUCAACUAGUACUGAUAGUAACACUGGUCAACAGUGGACAUUAGCUCAAGCUAAAUGUCAGGAUACAGGAAUCUAUACAUGUACAGCUAAUAAUGGUAUUGGUCAAUCAACUACUAAAUCUUUACCAUUAAAUAUUAGAUGUUCACCAAGAAUUAAUGGUGAUUUAAAAGAUGAAGUAAUGAAUAGACUAGGUGAAGAAGUUACAUUAAGUAUUGAUGUUAUAGCCUAUCCUAAACCUAGUUUUAACUGGAUACAAGAAUCAACAGGACAAGAAUUAACACCAGAUACAGCUCAACAAGUAGCUAUCAAUAAUUAUAUUUCAAGUUUAACAAUCAUAAUACAACAAUCUUCAUUUGGUAACUACAUUGUAACUGUUAAUAAUAGUAUAGGUGAUGAUAAAAGUUACACUAUAAAAAUUAUUGAUGGAGAUCCUGGAACAAAACCGGUUUCUGUUGAACAAUCUGGAUAUCAGAAAGGUUUAAGCACUGGUAUUGGAACUGGUAUUGGAAUUGGUAUUGAUAUUGGUAUUGGAAUAACUCUUGUUUGUGUAUUUCUGGUUUUACUGACAAUAUUUAUAUAUAGAAAAUAUCAUCCAGCCAAUAGGAAAUUACCAGAAGAAAAUCAUUAUAUAGUAACAUUGUCAACUACAGACUGGUUUGGAAGAAUAGAGAAGUUUAAAUCAUUAUAUCAUUAUAUCAGUUAUGCAACGUUUUCCAAUAGAAAUCCUGAAGGUCAAUAUACUAUAAGAGGAGUUCCUGAAAGUUAUGCAGUGUUUGGUGAAAAUUAUACAUUACAAUGUACUGUUACAGAUUCGCCUAGUCUUGUAGAUUUCCGGGGAAACAAUGAUGUUGUAUGUACUAUGAUAAACUGUGGGAGUCAACCAAUAGAUAAUAGAUAUAAAUGUAGAUAUGGUCCAGAGAAUAUAAAAUUUAACCCUACUUGUGAUAAUAUAGAUGUUACAGAAGGAAAGAAUCAGAGUGUCAAAUGUUUAGCUGAUUGUAAACCAGAUUGUAACAUCACCUGGUCUAAAGAUGGUUCACCAACAAUUCUAAACAACCCUUUAUCACUUAGUACUAGCGAUCAAACUGGUUCUUAUACCUGUACAGUUAGACAUACUGUAUUAAAUAAACAACUUACAAAACAACUUAAUGUUCAGAUUUAUUAUGGUCCUGAUAAACUUACUUUCUCACCAGAUGUAUCACGUAUCAAUAUAAUAGAAGGCAGAGAUCAAACUAUAACAUAUGGUCCUGAUGAACUUACUUUCUCAUCAGAUGUAACUAGUAUCAAUAUAAUAGAAGAUGGUCCUGAUGAACUUACUUUCUCAUCAGAUGUAACUAGUAUCAAGUAA